UUCCUUUUCCUUUUCCUUUUCGAAUAUAUAUGUCACUGUUUCAGGAUAUGAUUGUGUUGCUGUGCUGUCUGUCUGUAAGAAAAACUGCUCUUUCUCUAAUGGGGUUGCUACUGCUCAUAUCUUCUUCCUGAAGCUUCCUCCCCAAACCCCCACAAAAGCUUAAGCAAAAGGGAGGUUCCUUAAAGCUGACGACUUUUUUUGCAGAUGGGUCUCAGCAAACCUCACAAGGUCGGCAAUGGAUUCUCCGCCAGAUGGGUUUCUCUCUUCUGCAUUGCCAGCUUCUUCCUCGGUGUUCUUGUUGUCAACAGCUUUUGGGGUGUUCCCGAUCCAGACAAAAUUGAUGAGGAGGCUUCACCACUGGAGAAAGAUCAACCAAGAAGAGUUCUGCCUCCCAUAGUUAAUUGUGAGAAGAAGGAGGUCACUGAUGGCGUGGGAGACAUCCUUUCUCAAGUCUCACAAACACAUGAUGUGAUCAUGGCAUUAGAUAAGACAAUCUCCACAUUAGAGGUCCAGCUAGCGACAGCUAGAGCUUCUAAAUCUGGCAAUUAUGAAGGAUCUCCUGUGGUGAUAAGACCGGGAAAGGAACCAUUGAAAGAGCGCCAGAAGCUUUUCUUUGUGAUGGGAAUCAUGACUGCCUUUAGCAGCCGAAAACGAAGGGAGUCAAUCAGGGAAACGUGGAUGCCCCAAGGGGAUGAGUUAAAGAAGUUAGAGGUAGAAAAGGGAAUUAUAAUGCGGUUUGUUAUUGGACACAGUGCAACUCCAGGUGGCCUUUUGGAUCGUGCCAUUGAUGUAGAAGAUGAGAAACAUAAGGAUUUUUUCCGGCUGAACCACAUAGAAGGAUAUCACGAAUUGUCGUCUAAAACCCAAACAUAUUUUACCGCAGCUGUCUCUAAGUGGGAUGCUGACUUUUAUAUCAAGGUUGAUGACGAUGUGCACAUAAAUCUUGGAAUGGUUGGUUCUACUUUGGCCCGUCAUAGAUCAAAACCUCGUACAUAUAUCGGUUGUAUGAAGUCUGGACCUGUCCUAGCGAAUAAGGGGGUCAAGUACCAUGAACCGGAAUAUUGGAAAUUUGGAGAGGAGGGAAAUAAGUAUUUUCGGCAUGCAACAGGUCAAAUAUACGCAAUUUCCAAAGAUUUAGCAACUUACAUCUCAGUCCAUCGGCACAUACUUCACAAAUAUGCAAAUGAGGAUGUCUCUUUGGGUUCUUGGUUUAUUGGUCUUGAUGUUGAACACAUUGACGAGCGAAGCCUUUGCUGUGGUACCUCUCCUGAGUGUGAGUGGAAAGCUCAAGCAGGAAACCCUUGUGCUGCGUCGUUCGACUGGAGCUGCAGCGGCAUGUGCAAAUCGGUGGAGAGGAUGGAGGAGGUGCACGAGCGAUGUGGAGAAGGUGAUGAAGCUAUUUGGCACACUAGCUUUUGAAACCUGUGCUCAUUUGAUUGUGAUGUAAAUGUGUAUGGAUUAACAGAAAGUUGGUUAAACACAAACCACCUGCCCCAUUUUUGCUAUUAUUUAUGCCCCUGGGACAGUUGGUAUAUGAUUAAUUUAAUCAUUGCACAGAGAAUCUCGAGUCAGAGAAUAUGGACAAAAUCCUUUCUUUCCAAGUUUGAUGCUCUUUGGAUGGAAACUAGUUGGCAAGUUGGGUUUUUAUUUUCUUUCCAUUUUUUAUGACACCUUGGUUGGGAGGACUUAUAUGGAAUAUGUUCAUUGUUG